AUGUUGCGACUAAUUUUAAUUUUUAAUAUAGUUUGUAUAUUUUUUGUGGCCAGUUUGAUCAUCAGUAACCCUGGUCCAAAAUACCCACCGACGAAAGGGGAAGUGUGGCCAAAACCGCAACAGCAGAUUAAGGAACAGACUUAUUUUAAACUAUCACCUUCAGUUUUUAAAUUUACGGAGAAAGGGAAAUCGUGUGAAAUAUUAACAAAUGCUAUAGAACGGUACACCGCAGUGCUUAGGAGCACACACCACAUAGUGUGGAGACAUUCUAAGAAAACAUUAAAGCAUGCAGAAACUCGGAAACUGGAUACAAAUCCCGACUACAAAGGUACACUGGAAGAACUGCAAAUAAAUCUCACCAGACCGUGCGAGGCCUACCCACACAUGGACAUGGAUGAGAAAUAUAGCUUGAACGUUUCUGCAGUAUCGUCGCUGACCAGUGACUCCAUAUGGGGCAUACUGAGGGGCAUGGAAACCUUUGCACAGUUGUUUUACUUGUCUAACGGUUAUAAAGAUGUUCUCAUCAACUCGACACAAAUAGUGGACUUCCCGAGAUACCCGUAUCGAGGGCUGCUUAUCGAUACAUCGAGGCAUUACCUCAGUGUCGCUAACAUCCUCAAAACCUUGGACGCUAUGGAAAUGAACAAGAUGAAUGUUCUGCACUGGCACAUUGUGGAUGACCAGAGCUUUCCUUAUCAGAGCGAGAAGUUCCCGCAACUAAGUGAACAAGGUGCCUACGACCCCUCGAUGGUCUACACGAAGGCUAACAUCAAUAAGAUCGUCAAAUACGCAAGAGACAGGGGGAUACGGGUACUGCCUGAAUUCGACGUACCAGGACACACACGGUCAUGGGGCAUCGCAUACCCAAAAAUUCUCACACAGUGCUAUGAGCACGGCAAAACGGUGGGCUUGGGGCCUAUGGACCCGACGCAGAUCAAGACAUACAAACUAUUAGGCGAGCUGUUCCGUGAAGUGCAGGAUCUAUUCCCCGACAAAUACUUCCAUCUUGGAGGUGACGAAGUUGCUUUGAACUGCUGGAAAUCAAACCCAGACAUUUUGAAUUUCAUGGCUCGCCACAACAUGACUCGCACCAGUGAACUGCACGCGUACUUCAUGACUAAGGUUCUUCUUUUGUUGGGCCAGAAGUCUAAGCCUAUAGUCUGGCAGGAGGUCUUCUACAACGGUGUGGUGUUACCUAGUGAUGCCAUCAUACAAGUGUGGAAAACUAUUGGACCGCAGGAUAUGAUUGCAGCAUUGAAAGCAAAUCACAAAGUUAUCUAUUCAGCAUCGUGGUACUUAGACUAUUUGUCUAAUGGAGGAGACUGGUACAAGUUGUACAAUGUGGAUCCACGGCAGAUGAUCCCAAAACGUUACAAGGAACUGGACUUGAACAAGAUACUGGGUGGAGAAGCCUGCAUGUGGGGCGAAGUAGUCGACGACAGAAACCUGAUAAGCAGGGUAUGGCCUCGUUCUAGUGCAGUGGCUGAGAAACUAUGGAGUGCGGAAUCACGAUACAACAAUAGUAUUACCGAUGCAGUAAGACGCCGUCUGGAAGAACAUACCUGCCGCAUGAACCGACGCGGCGUACACGCACAGCCACCCAAUGGGCCCGGAUUCUGUGUUGGUGCAAUAUAA